AUGGGAAAAAAUCAGCUGAGCAUUCAGACGAUCAUGUCCAUCGUAAAGAAGAAGGAUGCAUUUCUGAUGGAGUACGCGCAGAGUGCGCACGCUCCCAGGGUGUACGAAGACAUUAUGUGCCUUCUGAACGAGAUACUCUCUGGGAGAAUAUCCGUGCAGAAAGCCACGGGACUCCUUAGCGUGUACUACGUGCUUCUCACGGAGGAGAAGGAAAUAACGAUUCGGGAGGUCUUUUAUCGGUGCAAGCGGGUGUUUUCCCACCAGAAUCACGUGAUAAAGGCUCUGGAGUGCAUAAAGAAAAGGACGCAGUUGGAGCUCCAGAACGUAGUCCCGGGGAAUAAGGGCCUUGUAAACGGAGCCUGCACGAUAGAAAGGGAGGGCGAGGCGAUAGAAAUAAAGCACACGACGGUCAUACCGAGAAUACGCCCUGGGGACCGGCUCAUUGCAGCUUCUCGGGUCGUUCUUGUGGUGGAGAAAGAGGCUGUUUUCAACGAGAUCGUGCAGAAAAAGGCAAGACUUGAGGAGGUUUUGGGAGAGCCCGCAAUAAUUGUAACGGGAAAAGGGUAUCCCUGCAGGAACACGCUCCUGUUCCUUAUGAUGGCGUCGAAUAUGCAGGUCUUUGGACUCUUCGACUGCGACCCGCACGGGCUCUGCAUAUACACCGUGUACAAGCACGGAAGCAGGAGAAAUCCCGCUCUGAAAGUCCCAGGAAUAAAGCGGAUUGGCGUCUUCCUGCACGACCUUCAGGAGAGGGGGGAAAGCCUCCAGGAGAUCACGGAGGAGAGGCAGCUCUCCCUCGUGAAAAACCUCCUCGCGAGGCACAGGGAGCUUGGGAACGACAUAAACAUAAUGGAGAAAACCCGAAAAAAAGCCUCCAUAGAAGACAUUUCCGGGAGCAGAGAAAUAGCCGAGUAUGUAGCCCAAAAAAUCAGGCGAUCAGAAAGCGGGUAG